GCAAGCAAAAUGAAAUGGUAUUGGUAUAAGAUGCCCUCAUAUCUCCCCUAAGCGACCAAGAGGAUAUGGAUACCUCACCUCCAGUGCUGUUGGAUACCUCGUACAGCGUCUCCGACUCGGACUCGGAGGUGAAACCUCGUAGAAGCUAUUGCUCGUCUCUGAAAGAUACAUGGAAGGUGGAACGCCCACUGGGCAACAAUGAACUAUCUUACUUUCUUCCCUCUCGCGCGGAUGGCGUUAAUGACAUGUACCUUCACUUGGGCUUCGUUGCUCCAGAACAUGUCAUUCGCCGAGCCCGUGUUCUUAUGGUCUGGGCAAUCCUUCGUAUUCGUCAUCCACUCCUAGCUUCAAAGGUCGUCAUGCAAGAUUAUGACGACGUCAGAUUUGUGUUCAACCCCCCGCAAUCUCCUGAAGAUGCUUUGGUUGAUGCAGACAGCAAUUUGGAAUACAGAUCUUCAACCAAGGAUGAACUCAUCGAUUCAUAUCUAAACGGAGCACGAACAUUGUCGAACGACCGCUUGUCCUAUCUUGUUGUGUCUCAAGGAGGCACAUCUUUACCUAGCCCCCCUCUAACGCCUCGCUCUACGUCACCGUUUGACGAACCCGAAUAUCCUUCAUAUAAUCAUGACAUCAUGAUUUGUGCCGCUCACUUUUUGGGAGAUGGCAUGGCGUUGCACCAAUUUGCAAACGACUUUUUUGGACUGCUCGGCGGUGACAAAACCAUUCUUGAACUUGAGGCUCAGCUGAAGGAGGAGCUCAGCUCCCGAUGGGGCACAGACUCUACGAACGCCGUAUUACCGAAUGCCUUGGAAGACAACUUUACCGUCAGUCCUAGUAGACUGCGCAGGGCAGCCGAAAAGGUCGACUUCCAGUUAAGUCAGCGAAGAUUUGUGGGCGGUCAUUCGUUCCGGCGACAAACAAAGCAGCCUAGGCAUACCAUUGUUCCGACUGUUUCGUAUGACGCUGAGCGGACGAAAAGCAUUCUGAAAAGAUGCAAAACGCAUGGUGUUUCCGUCUCUGCAGCUACGUUUGCUGCAUGUAACAUUGCAUGGGCAAAGAUGUGCUCUGAGAAACAAGACUUGUCAAUGAUGAUGUACUCGGCUUUAAACCUGCGCCCAUAUUUCACGGUGAAACCAGCAAAUGAUUCGUACUGGUUUCUUGCGAUCGGCUAUUUCAACGUGAUUCUUCCAACCUUUAUACCUCGGUCGAUCGACUUGUCCUCGGUAUUCUGGCAUCGGGCCCGAGUUGCAAAGGAGCAGAGCAUUCAAGCUGCCAAAAACAAGAUGAUCGUGUCACGUAGUCUCUUGAUGACUGAAGAGAGGGGAAAACGGGCUUGUAUCUGGGCUAAAGAAGACGAUGAAAGGGAACGUGGAACAUUUGUCCCCCCCCCUCCUCCUGUUCCGGCCGUGGACACCGCACCACGCACGCCUUCUACUGCAUUAAUCGGCUUAUCCCUUCUAGGAAACCUCGAUGGCAUAUACAAACAUGGAACGUUCCCUGCUAUCAAGCUCCACACACUAACGACUGGUUCGCGGCAGCGGUCCGGAGGCAUGCUGCUAUUUGGGUACACGUUCGCUGGCAAGUUGUGGGUCAGCCUCGGAUAUGAUAAAAAUGGCUUUGAUAAGGUAAUGGUGGAGCAGUUCUGGGAGAACAUGCUGCAGACGAUGGACGAAUUGCUUUGAAAUGAUAUCAAUACUAAUUGUAGCAUGGCAGAAGCGAAGGGGAACCGAACUGUGCGAAUUUACCCCAAGGACUAGUUAAGUCUACGUAUAACCCAGACGUUUUCUCUUGCUAUCUAUAGUUGUGGACUUUAUCCUCGCUUACUAUCUUUCUUCCACUCCCACGUAGUUAUUAGACGAAGGUCUUCGUCAAAUGGACAUCCGAUUUCCUCGACCUCGUGCCCGGCAAAUUGCGUUUCAUCGAUCGAUUACGAUCGAUCUAAACUAUGCCCAUCAGGAAUACCACGUUACACGUAGG